AUGGCCAACAUCCACGAUGGCCAACUCCAAUGGGCGUCCUAUGUUCCUCCGGCAGUCUUUACAGUAAACAUACCGACAUCUACGCCAGCUUAUCAACCUGUCCCUACCAAUACUACUAUUUCCGCACCAUUACAUGCAGCAAACAUAGGUCAUUCGUACUCUGGACUUGUCCGUGUGCUCUGGAAGACCAUUUUCGUUGGUCUACUCAGCAUUUCACUCGCUAUCGGAACAUUUAUGUACAUCUACUCUAACCGCUCUUCCGCGGACAAUAACACUGUGCAGACGGGGAUCCCUCUAAGCACAGUCCUGCUCUUGUUCAGUAUCGCCAGUAAAACUACACUUGUAUGCGUGCCACUAAUUAUGUCCGCUGCCGCCUUCCAUAUUGCGCACACAUGGUUCCAGCAAUCUCAGCAUGGGUUGGCAGCUCCAGUUGCGAGCAAGUUGCCGACCCCAUACGAGUACAGUCUUCUUCUCAAUAUAUUCACCAGUGCAAAUAUCUUUGUAGCCUGGACGUCAAUCAAGUAUAUCACCCGUCGCCGAGGGCGACACGCUAUAUCACAGAUUCUCCAAAUAUCCUUUAUUACCCUCUGCACCAUCCUCAUUCUUACUUACGCCAUCAUUACACUCGACUUUAUCCUCCAUCAUUUUUCGACCGCUACUCUUGUCCAGUACCCUCCCACCUUCAGCGACCGAAAUCAAUUCCAAUACGGCCGACGACUCAACUCCGACUGCCUCACCAUUAAUGACGGGUCGAAUGCACCCUGUACGAUUCAGUACGAACCGAUGGGCUAUUAUGGCAUCUCCCUUGCCGCGUACCCAGAAGCACUCCGGAUUACAAAUGAUGAGUCGACGCGGAAUGCAGUUAUCGCUGUUUCACUUCCGGACGAUACGGCACAGUACGCUGCCGUUCUUGUUCCAGAAGGUGCAAGUAUUGCCCCUGGCGCAGUGUUCGAGGCGGAUACAGUCGGCAUGUACGCUGCCUGUCAAGCUAUGACAAGUACUUGCUUAAUGAAUUGUUCCGAUACAUGCUUCUAUGUCCCAUGUUUUCCCCAUGGGUACCCAGAAACGGGGUUUCUGGAUAUGCAUAUAAGGGGCUCCCAAAUCGAAACUUAUCAGCCCUUGACGCAUCAAUGGAAUACGAAUCAGGGGAUAUAUAACGGCACAUCUUUUAAUAAUUACACGUUCAAAUAUGCCGCGGGGUUUUAUACAAAUGCCGAUACAAACCAAGUUGGCAUAGAGAGUAACAACGUUUGGGGACACGGAAAUCAAUCUCCAUAUGGGGCAAUUCUACUCAUCUGUUCCGUGACAGUAGUAGACCUGAAAGUCAAAUACGUCGACCCUUCCCUCUCCUCUACAAUCCCAAACUUCAACAAUGUGUCAUCCAACGAAGGACAUGGCUUCACAAUCCUCUCAUAUACACCGACGACUUCCAAUGAAACGACGCUUGCCGUGACAGCCGUCCUGGACACGCCCCUUUCUCCGAUAUCCACACUCUAUAGAGUACUGCAACCUCUUGCACUUACGCUCAACGCGACUGAAUUUGUACGCGCGUUUGAGCGCGAGUAUGCACGGAUAUAUUUGCCGUUUGCACACAGCGCAUUCGAAGCCAUCCCUGCAACCUCGAUAUCCAUUACAACUAUAGUUGAGGGGUCUACAAUCCCCAUCACCGGGUUACUCGUCUACUCCUGCCUUUUGAUCCUCUUCGGCCUGUUUGCCCUCCUCCAAGGCGGAUUGGCUGUAGGCGUCAGCAAGGCGGCAGUGUGGAAGCCAAAAGUUGAUGGAGCAAGUAGUAACGAAAAGUGCCAGGAGAUGAAUAGGAAGGACGGAGAGUGGACGAACAUUGCACAACUCGCUGCGGAGCGACUGACAAGCAGCUGCGCACUCGUCUAUGAAGCAUUUGAGCGUCGUAGGCUUUCAAAAGAAGAUAAUUGCUACCAGUCGGUGCAAAGUACAGGGAUCGAAAUGUUCACCGAGGGUGCGCAUGGCAAGGAACAUGGUAUCGAGAAGAGGGUACUCUUCAGUGUUGAACGACGAGGCAUGUUUGUUCUUGAAUAG